UAGUCGAUUACAUUGAUAUAUUACACCCUAUGUUCCUAAACACAUUGAAUGAUUCCCUGGUUAAUCUAGAAGUGAAGAUCACUGCCCUGACGGCGAUGAUUAACUUCAUUCAACGGGUGGGGAGUUCAAAAGAUAGGGAGAGGUUUCAGGAUCUGUUGGCUGCGAUGAUGGACAUGCUGAAUGAGGCAUUGGAAGAAAAAUGUGAGGCAUCAGCUCAGUCUGAGUUCAAGAUUUUAAUCAAGUUGGCCAAGAAUGAGCCUAGCUUCUUCAGGAUGCAGCUUGUGGUUGUGGUGGGUUCCAUGUUUGAUAUAGUCGAAUGCGAGAGUUAUGAAAAGAAAACGAGACAUUUGGCGGUUGAAUUCGUGAUGAUAUUGGUUGAGGCCAAGGAGAAGACCCCUGGCAUGAUCAAGAAGUAUCCAUUGUUUACUGAAAAAUAAUUUGGAAUUUUAUUGAAUUUGUUAGAGGAUGAGGUUUAUGACCCUCUCUUGCCUGAUCCUUAUGAUAAAUGGGAUAACAAAGAUGAUUUAGUUUUUCUCAAGAUGUGUUUAUGGUGGUUGUCCAAUGCGCUGGGUGGUAAGACUGUUGGUCCUAUUGCCUUUGAGCAGCUCCGUGCUCACUUGGCUGACGACUCGUGGCAGAAGCCAUGCGCAGCACUCAAUGCACUUGCUCAGAUUGUUAAAGGCUGCUCUGAGGUGAUGAUUAAGAAUAUGAAUCUAGUGGUGACAAUGGUUCUGGAUUGUAUGGGACAUCCUCAUCCUGGAGUCAGAUUCGCCUCCUUGUAAGCAAUUCACGAGUUUUUGCGUUUCAUGCGUCCCCAUUUUCAAGAACAAUGUCAUCACCAAGUAGUGCCAGCAUUAACUAAAGCUAUGGAUGAUGACAGUGUAAAAGUG